UUCAUCAAACUCAACUAUUGCUUGAACCCCUGCAAUGGCUAUCCCCACGAUAUCCUCUAAAAUUCUUCUCAUUGUUUUCUCCUUUUCUCUCCUCCAACUUUCAUCUUUCGCCCGAAUUAUUCUUUUUUUUUUUUUUUUUGGGUAAAUAUUCGCCCGAGAUUAUUCAAUCGUAGGCUAUUCUCCUCAAGACUUGACCUCCAUGGCCAAACUCAUUGAGCUCUUUGAGUCCUGGAUGGCCAAACAUGGAAAAAUUUAUCACACCGUCGAAGAGAAACUGCACAGAUUUGAUAUCUUCAAGGAUAAUCUCAACCACAUCGAUGAGACCAACAAAAGGGUCACCAAUUACUGGCUCGGACUCAACCAUUUUGCUGACUUGACCCACGAAGAAUUGACGAAAAUGUAUCUGGGUUUGAAGCCUGAGUUGGCCGGACGGCGUGGAUCCUCUGAUAGCCGUUGUUGGGCGUUUUCAACGGUGGCUGCUGUGGAGGGGAUAGACCAGAUUGUCACCGGAAACUUGACGGAGCUGUCGGAGCAGGAGCUUAUCGACUGUGACACCACAUACAACAACGGGUGCAAUGGAGGUUUGCAACCUGCUGGGAGAUCCACUAAAAUCCAUAUGUUAUUUCCCAUUAUAGAAUUCAUUUCCUCAUCUAUGGCUUCCUUCCAAAAAGCUUAAUCUUGUGGCUUAAUUGCUUCUUCAAAUGUCACAGGAUUAGCUUCUAUAUUAUAACAAAAUCUUGUUCCUUCAAUAAGAAACAUUUAAAAUUUUGGACCAUAUGUUCUUGCUUUUCUAGCUCUUUUGCUUCUUCUAACUUCAAUGUUUUCUUUCAACUUGUUUUCUUGCAAGUUGUCUUCUAUUCUUUGUUCUGAACUUUCAGCAAUUGUUUCUUAGGUCUAGGAAUUGAAUUAAAUCUGCUCUCUUCAA